GGUAAACUAACCCAGGAACAAGUGCUAGCACACCUUCAACAAGUUAUUAGCAGAUCUAGUUUGCAAGAGAAGUAUAUAAAAGACCAGGCUAUGAGUUCCGGUUACCAGAGGAGACAGCACUGGGCAUUGCUGCCCUUUGUGGCUGGAGUUCUGUUAGGGCUGGCUGUCUCCACCAUUAUUCUCAUCAGACCAGACACUGUCACUAUAAACAAUGUGCACAGAGUAGGGGAAAGACAGGAUCAGAAUGAACAGUUUCAUCGCUUCUUAGAGGAGCUGGCCAAGCAAGAGAGAGCUACUCAAAGAUUGUCAGAGGAGAUGACGAUGAAACAAACAGUGUACUAUGCUGUCAUGCUGACUGAUACAACAUCGAUGGAUAUAAUCAAGAAUACUUGGGCCAGAGAAAUGGGACCUGCUGAGAUUGGCUUCUUCGUAUCCUCCGAGCAUUCACAGAAUAUUGACACUAUCAAGAUCUCAUCAUCUACGGAAGAACUGGAAAUAGAGACGCUCAAAUAUAUUUGUAACAACCAAAUGAACAAAACAAAAUGGUUUUUCUUAUCGUAUGGUAAUGUCUAUGUCAAAAGAGAACAAUUGGAAAAGUAUUUAUUGUCAUUGGAAACGAUGCCUGGUGAUAUUGGUUACCUUGGUAAGCCGAUAAAGAGAGAGUCCUCCAUCGGUGGAGUGUGUAUGGCUGGCCCGGGAAGUGUGCUCAGUCAAUCCAUCCUCUCUCAGCUUUGUCCGAGGCUGAACAAGUGUAGUCCCCCUCAGGGCAUUCUAGAGCCUGGCUGUGUACUGGGGGAGUGUGUACGCAAGCAAUUACCGUCCGUACAGUGUGCAAAAGACGUUAAACUUCAUAAACAAUUUCUAAACUUCGAUGAAAAAACGAAAGGAAACAUUUUAGACCCGAAAAAUAAAAACGCAUUUGACAAAGCUCUCACAAUUUUCCCUGUUGAGGACCCGAAACUAAUGUACAAUAUUCACGAGGCAGUUCUAAGCAAGAGAUUGAAUAACUCGCAGGAAGCAGUGCAAGAGCUUAAACGUAGUAUGGAUCACAUGAUGGACCUCCUACCCCCUACGGAGAUACGACUGUACAAUGAGAGAGUUAAGAGUGAUGUCAUGUUAGUGGAGGAUGACGUAAUCCCUUGGAAGCUUAUCAGUAGUAACCUGUUAAUGUCUUGUGUAGAGAAAAAUCCGGCAAUCAAAAUCCAUUCACUGUGGAAGGAAGAACUAGAAUUAUUGAGUAGGAAAUCUAUCGACUAUGUCAACUCGCGUGAAGAUGAAGAGUACACCUUUAAACGCAUUGUCAAUGCAUAUUGGAGACUGGACGCUCAACUAGGAACAGAGUAUGUGAUUGACUUUGAGACCAAGCUAGCUGGAAUGGAAUCGGACUAUAGCUCACCAACAAAUCGAUUCCGUGCAUCCUUAUUGAGACAGUUCAAUGACCCCGAGGUGAACCCAGUUAUCCAGCAGGUGGAUACUGCACGCCAUAUUUCCAUUGGUGUGUUGGUUUCUAACGAUCUGACUGAAAGGUUUGAACAUUUCAUGAGCAAUUUUGAAGAAACGCUAAAACUAGAUCAGAGAUUUGAUUUGCUUGCAGUGCACAUGAAAGGUGCCAGCACAGAACAAGAGAAUUAUGAUCAAGUGGACAAGAUAAUGUCGUCAUAUUCAAAUAAGUACCCUCAGGCAAAUUUCAAAGUUCUCAAAUCCCCUCAUAAACUGUCUAGAUCCCACGCUAUUUCGUUACUGGUACAAGAGCUGCGUCCCAAUGACCUAGUGUUCCUCUCAGAUUUGGAUCUACAGUUUGACUACCAAUUUCUGAACAGGUGUCGGAGUUACCCCAUCCAACGACAACAAGUGUAUUUUCCCAUCCCGUUUGCACAGAUUGACCCAGCGAUGCUCACUGCAACUAGUCACACUCAACUACACGAUAGCAUCACCCCACACUCUGGACACUGGUUGGUGGACUCUUACAGCGUGGCUUGUCUGUAUGCCAUCGAUAUAUUGUCCGCCUUACAACAAGAGGAGGCCAUAUCAGUGGAUGAGAUCAACGUAAAGGACCUGUAUAGCAAGUUUGUUAAGAAUGGCUACUCGAUUGUACGAAGUGCCGACAAGGGUCUGAGAAAGUUGUACUCUGAAUACAGGAACUGUGAGCUCGAUUAUCAUGGUGAAUAUUAUGAGCAAUGUCAGUCAUUACCAGACAGCUACGAGAGACUUUAUUUAAAAACACAACUUUCUGUUUUAUUAUUAGAUCACGAAGGUGAACACGCACACAAGAAAUAUUAACAUUUCAAAUUAAGAAAU